UGACACAUCUUUGUUUUCUGGCAGGAACGCACUUUCAUUGAGUCUUCGUGGUGGCGAGAGAUUUUCACUUUUCUUUCGCGGAAAAACGUGUUUUCCGCGCAAUUUCCAGUUAAAUUUGUGUUCUUUGGUUAAGCUAGCGUGUACUUAAGCCGUUGAUUGCACGCUUCCAGCGGUUCAGCGUUGCCGAAUUCGCCCAAUUUCACAAGGUUGAGAAAGCUACAGACAUGUCGGCCAAAGAUUACCUGCGCGAGCUGCGGGAGGAAAUCAAGUCCGACACGAGCAAGAUGCUGCAGGAGACGGCGCCGUCCACGGAACCGGUCCCGGACGAGGAGGAAAGGGAUGAUGAUUCGAGUGAACCGUCCGCGGGAAGCGAUCCGCCUCUGUUGAGCAGUGAUGACAAUGAAGCCGAUGGUGGAAAGAUUGAGUUUGUGGAGCUGGUUUCGGCGAAUAAGCCGCCGAGCAAGCUGGAGAAGGAAAAUGAGGAACCGCCUGCGGCGGCGGGUGGCAGCAAGGACAAGCCGACAGAUCCGGUGAAGCUGAAGAAGGAGAUUUUGAAGAAGCACAACGCUGCCAACCGAAAGCUUGAGAAGAAGCGGGAGGAGUGCCGGAAGUUGGAUGAGGGUCAGGAAGGGGAGGAAUCCGACGGCGAUGGAAGUUGCAGCGUGACGUCCAGCGUGAAGAGUAAGAAUUCUUCGAAGAAGCAGCAACCGGCCGUGGUUGAUCCGGCCGUUCAGAAGCGAUUCGACGCGCAUUCGAAGAAGAUUUGCAAUCGCAUUAAGGCGGUUCAGAGCAAGCUGCAGCAGUUGAGGGUUUCCGGGGCUGUAAGUGACAACUCGUCGACGGUUUCGAGCACGUCCGGCACGAGUAGCAAGGUGACGACCUCGAGCAAGAAUGCGAAAAAGAACGCGGCGGGAAAUGCUGCGAAGCAGCAAAAUUUGAACAACAUCUUCACCAAGAACGGCAGCGCUGCGUUCUUCCCGAACCCCGCCCAACCGUUGACGCCCAUCUCGCAGCUGAAUCUGAUGGCGAACCAUCGGGCGCAGGUGGGGACGUCCCCGCUGCCGUCGUGCAUCCAAGGACUCGCGAAACCGGAGAACCUUCUUCUGCUGACACUGCUGACGCUGAGUCCGAAGCAACGGGACGAGUACCUGCUGAAGCUGGGCAAGGAGAAGACGCUGCUGACGGUGCGACACCAGAAGGGUCAGUCGGCGGAGAAGAAAUCGGUGGAAAUCAAUCCGAACCUGCAGGAGUUUGCGGUCAAUUUGAAGUCGCGUGCCAUGGUGCAUUUGUACGGGCCGCAGGCGCGGGUUGCGACGCAGGAGGAGGUUUCGCGACCGUUUUUGACGGUGACCGCGGCCGAUAAGAUCCAGGAGGUGAAGAAGGUUCGCGAGGUGCGCACGUUUGAGGAGGAGGUUUCGUAUCUGUUGAAUAACGGAAAGGUUACGGACAAGGCGGACUACAAGAAGGAGCUGACGCUGCAGAACGUGUCGAAGGCGGAGCGGAACGGGUUCCUGACGGAGGCGAACCAGAAGGCGCUGCGGGAGCUUGUUGAUGAGGCGGUGAAGAAGGAGUUGGGGUACGUGGUCGAGGGCGUGGUGCGAGUGAAUGUGAACAAUAACUCGCAGGCGUUUGUCGAUGAUCAUACGAGGGACGCGGACGUGUACAUCAAUACGGUUCUGCUGCGAAAGUGCGCAAUGGACGGAGAUCGGGUGCGGGUCUUCGUUAAGCACGGUGAGGUUCAGCCGGAGGAGGAUAGUGAAGAUUCGCCGGCGAAGAGCGAGCGGUUGAAGAACAAUUGGGGCUUUGUGAUUGAUAUUCUGGAGAAGCGGCAUAGCCGGGUGUGCGUCGGGACGUUCAUGCCGUACUACCAGAGUUCGAAUCAGUACAUAAAGUUUUCGCCGAGGGAUUUGAAGAUUCCGGUGAUGCGGAUUUACAAGCAGCACUGGCCGGAGGCGAUUUUCAAGAACGAUUUUAAGCAGCUGGAGUCGGUGAUUUACCAGGCGGAGAUCAUCGAGUGGCACGAGGACGUUCCGAUUGGGACGAUUUUGAAGUCGAUUGGCAAGUGUGGCGAGUUGGAGGCGGAGAACCAGGCUCUGUUGGUGGAGUACGACUUGGACGUGUCGCCGUACUCGGAGGAGAUCAUCAACAGCUUGCCGGCUUCGCCGUUCCAGAUCCCGGGGGAGGAGCUGAAGAAGCGUGAAGAUUUGCGGGAGGAGUGCGUAUUUACGAUCGAUCCGUUGACGGCGCGGGAUUUGGACGAUGCACUGAGUUGUAAGGUGCUGAAGAAUGGCAACUUUGAGAUUGGCGUGCACAUUUCGGACGUUUCGUACUUCCUGAAGGAGGGAUCGGAGCUGGACGAGCUGGUCAAGCUGAGGGCUACCUCGAUCUACAUGGUGGACAACGUGUAUCACAUGCUGCCAAAGCCGCUCUGCUUUCUGUGCUCGCUUCUUCCGGGUGAGGACAAGUUGGCGUUUUCCGUCUUCUGGGAGAUCACUCCGGAUGCUAAGGUGCUGAGUACGCGCUUCGCCAAAACCGUCAUCAACUCGUGUACGCAGCUUGCCUACGAACACGCCCAAGUCAUGCUGGACAAGCCAACGGAGAACCUGCGCGCCGAGGACUUCCCACCGAUCCUCCACGACUACACGCCCAACUACCUCAGCCGCAUCGUGAACCAACUUCAAUCGAUCGCGGUUCAACUACGAGCUCGUCGUAUGGAAAACGGCUGCAUCAAGAUCAACCAGCCGAAGCUGUCCUUCACGCUGGAUCCCAACACCGGCAAACCUACCAGCUACGCCGUCUACGAACUACGAACUGCCAACCAAAUGAUCGAGGACUUUAUGCUGCUGGCCAACUCGUCCGUGGCCGAAUUCACCUACAGCAAGUUCAAGGACCUCGCCAUCCUGCGAAACCACUUCGCCCCAUCCUCCCCCCAGCUAACGAACCUCGCCAAACUCCUGGCCAAGCACGGCCACACCCUCAACCACGACUCCUCCAAAGCCAUCGCCGAAUCCUUCGAAACCAUCAGCAAUGCCUGUCCCCAACCGGAAGCCGCCCGCGCCGUCCUCAACAUCAUGAUGGCCAAACCCAUGACCCGCGCCCUCUACUUCUGCUCCGCGUUCACCAAACUCCCCGAGGACUUUUUCCACUACGCUCUCGCCAUUCCAAUGUACACCCACUUCACCAGCCCCAUCCGCCGCUACGCCGACUGUCUCGUCCACCGCGUCCUCACGGCGGCCCUCGACCUCUCCGAACCACCCACCCGCACCCCCGAAGAACUCAGCCAGCUCGCCAACAUCUGCAACGUCAAAAAGUACAACGCCAAACUCGCCGGCGAUUCCAGCUCGCUGCUCUACUUCAAACACUACCUCAAGAAGGCCAAGAGCAUCGAAACGACCGCCGCCGUCUCGGACAUUGGCCAGCAGCUGCUCGAGCUGGUGCUGAUCUCCACCGGACACGUCUGCAAAGUUAGCUACAAGCAACUCGCCAAGGUGGCCGACUUUAAGCUGACCGAGGACACCAAACCGUUCCGCCACUGCAUGCUGCUGCCCAAGGACCGGAAGAUCGGGCCCGCCGAGCUGCGCUUGUUUUCCGAGGUGCGCGUCACCGUGCAGCUGGUGAAGGAGGCGGUCACGGUGACGAGCGUGCUGCCGCCACUAGCGCAGGUGCAGAGCAAGGAAUCGUCGGUGGAAGCGUGAGCGUGCCCGGUAAAUUCGGUAGAUUUCGACUGACUGUUUAAGAACAAUGCGAGGGUAAGAUGGUGAAUAUCUAGUUUAGUAGCUUAAUUAGGUGUUGUACAUCACUCUCGGAGAUUAAUUUUGUUAUUUUUUUUUAUUGAAAACAUUACCAUUUUUUUAUAUAAUUUUCUUCGUCGAUAAGAAUUGUGGACAAGGGCGAGAAUUCUAGCAGUCCAUAAAUUAUUGCCUGUUAAUAUUGAAUAAUUUUCAACACUCACCAUUAUUUCAAACAUCUUGAUUAAAUAUAGAAUGCUUCAAAAGCUAA